CAACCCUCAUUAUUACUCUUCUUAUCUUAUCGUGUGUUGUGUGUAGCUAGCUAGGAAAGAAAGAACUCUCUAGACCGGUUUUUUGUCGUUAGUGGUACAAAGUGAUUAUAUCAUUAUAUUACUAAGCUAGCUUUACCCACCUCAACCACACCAAUUUUUGUUGUAUUACUAUUAUUUGAGUUAACUGUAGUAGUGACAUAUUUUGAUCAUAAAAUAAUUAGUUUAUUAUCACUAAUUUUCUGCCUCGAUUUUCUAACCUCCCAGAUUUGAAUGAGGAAGUCUCCUCAUUCCUUCCCCACUUAAUAAAAUUUCUUUCUCUUCUCUCUUUUAUUUGUACACAACUUUUCACCUAUAACUCUCCUCAAAACUUCUCUCUCUUUUCUCUCUCACUUUUGAAAAAACUUGUUUAAGUUGAAACCUCUUCAACUCUUUUUCAUGGUUUUUUGAAAUUUGUACUCUUCAAGGAAAGAUUUUUUUGAUUAUUAUUUUUUUUUUUAUUUAUGAGUAUGGCUCAGUGCUUGAAGUUGAGCGAGUUACUGAAAGAAGAUCAGGAACCGUUCGUUCUCAAGAACUACAUUUCCGACAGACUUUCUCAGCUGAAAACGGCUGACCAUCCCAGAAACCAUUUACAGCUCAAAAAACGAAAACCCAUCUCAGAAAACAGAAGCUUUCCCGGAAAAUUCUGUAAAACCGCUUGUUUUCUCUCCUUAAAUGAGUCACCGGACCCUAGAAAGUCACCCCUUUUCGAAUUUCAAUCUCCGGCCAAGAGCCCUUGCAAAAACUCAAAUGCCAUUUUUCUACAUAUCCCGGCGAGAACUGCCGCUCUGUUACUCGAUGCUGCUCUGAGGAUCCAAAAACAGUCAUCAUCAUCAUCUUCGAAGACCAAAACCCAGAAGCUAAAGAACGGUUUUGGCUUAUUUGGAUCGUUUUUGAAGAGACUAAAGAAUCGUAAUCGGUCAAACAGGACCAGAGAAAUCGAGGGGGGAAAUGGUGUUAAAGUCAAACCUUCGGUCAAGGACAUUCUAAGAAAGGUUAAUACUAUGGAAGAAAAGGUAGUUAGAGGUGAUGAUCAGGUUAUGACAGGCUGUGAGAUUAGCGGUUCUUGUCCAUGUACUGGUCGACCCAGUAGUGCUACUAUUUGGUCGGAGACCAAUGAAGAAAAAUCUUUGGAUUUAGAGACCUCGAGUAGUACUAGUAGCCACUAUGAACACUCUGAUGAAAUCGAUUUCCUGACCAAACUCGUAAGAGAAAGUAAUAAUAAUAAUAAUGGUGACAUUGAUUUUUCUUUCUGUGACCAUGAAAAUGAAAACGACUUCUCUCAAAGCCCAUUUCGUUUCGUUCUUACACGAAGCCCUUCUUCAGCCGGUCACCGGACGCCGGAGUUUUCAUCUCCGGCGCCGUCUCCCUCCCGCCAUAAACAAGAGGAGAAAAUUAAGAAAUGUGUAUCUGAAAACCAGGAGUUCCAAAGGGUAAAAAAUGAAGAAGAAGAAGAAGAAGAGGAGAAGGAGCAAUUUAGUCCUGUAUCAGUAUUAGACCCUCCAUUUGAAGAUGAUUAUGAUGGUCAUGAAGAUGAAGAUGAAGAUGAAGAUAAUGGUUUUGAUAUGGAAAGCAGCUUUGCUAGUGUACAGAGAACAAAGCAGCAGCUACUGCAAAAGCUUCGUAGAUUCGAGAAAUUGGCUGAGUUAGAUCCAAUUGAACUCGAGAAAAGAAUGUUAGAUGAAGAAGAAGAUGAUGAUGAAGAAGAAGAAGAAUGCGAAGAUGAUGAAUCGGAUGUUGGUGAUUUUGUUCGCGAAGUUCUAGGCAACUCACGCCUUCAUCAAGUCCAACGAAUUCCUAGACACAUGAAGAGAUUAGUUUCUGAUGUUAUGUUGGAGGAAAGGAGAGAAGAAAACACGAGUGACUACAGCGAAGAAGUGGCGAAAAGAGUGUGCAAGAGGUUCGAAUCGUGGAAAGAAGUGCAAUGUAACACCAUUGACAUGAUGGUAGAGCAAGAUUACAGCAAAGAUCUUCAAGGUUGGACAACCAAGAACAACAAAGAACAAAUGGGAGAGACAGCAAUUGAGAUUGAAUAUGCUAUCUUUGGGUUACUAGUGGAAGAAUUAGCUGCUGAACUUGUUUGUUUAGAUGGAAAAUAACUAAGUAAAAAAAAUUUCCUUUUCCAUUGCUGUUUGGUACCACAGGAAAAUAAAUAAGUAGAAUUUUGGUUUAACAUCCUUCAAAUUUUUAUUUAUUUUUAGUCAAAAAUAUAAAAUUGGGGUAUAGUCUGACUUGUACUACUAUGAAGAAGAAAUAGUAGACUUAAAUAGGAACCUGGCCUUUGAAGGAGUAAAAGAAAGGACCUUGGUUUAGAUAAGAUGAUGAUGAUGAUGAUGGUAGCUUUGCUAUGAUGAUAUGUAUAUGAAUGAAUAUGAGUAGUUGGGUGGGACUGGUGUAUGAUGAGUGUAAUCCUUGCUCAAUUUUAGGCAUGACAUGUACAAUUCUUGGCACUUUUAUGUAAUAUAUAUUAUCUCAUAUUUUUCA